AUGGAGAGUAUUCUCGACUUUAGCCGUGAUCUUGAUAUCGGCCUCUUUGACCGUGUCGUCCAGGCCUUCUUCAGCGCCGGACCUGAUCACAAACAUGCCCAGGCCAUCUUGACCGAGUUCCAGGAGAACCCCGACGCAUGGAGACGUGUGGAUGCCAUUCUGGACAAGUCUACCGAUCUCAACUCCAAGUUCAUCGCCCUCAAUGUCCUGGAGAAGCUUGUCCAGACGCGGUGGAAGAUGCUUCCCCCAGAGCAGUGCCAAGGAAUUCGCAACUACACUGUAGGCUUGAUCGUCAAGCUGUCAUCGGAUGAGGCUACUCUUCAGCAACAAAAGACUCUUCUCGGCAAGCUCAACAUGGUCCUCGUCCAGAUCUUGAAGCAGGAAUGGCCCCACGCCUGGCCCAACUUCAUCCCAGAGAUUGUGGUGUCAAGUAAAUCCAACUUGUCCUUGUGCGAGAACAACAUGGUCAUUCUCAAAUUGUUGAGUGAGGAGAUUUUCGACUACUCCGCUGAGCAGAUGACCCAAGUCAAGACCAAGAACCUCAAGAACUCGAUGUGCCACGAGUUCUCCGAGAUUUUCCAGCUCUGCAGUGAAGUCUUGGAGAAGGCCAACAAGGUCUCUUUGAUCAAGGCCACUCUCAACACCCUCCUUCGUUUCCUCAACUGGAUCCCCCUCGGCUAUAUCUUUGAGACAUCCAUUGUUGAGAACUUGCGCACAAGAUUCUUGGAGGUUCCUCAGUUCCGCAAUGUCACUCUCCGCUGCUUGACUGAGAUCGGAAGUUUGACUGUUGCCGCCGACUACAACGACAAGUUUGUCAUCCUUUUCAACAUCGUGAUGACCUCUGUCGCAAAGACCAUCCCCAUCGGAGCUAACAUUGCCGAGAUGUACGAGAAUGCCAACGACGAUGAGCAGCAGUAUAUUCAGAACUUGGCAUUGUUCUUGACCGGUUUCUUGGGAGUCCACUUGAAGCUUGUCGAGAACCCUCAGAACCGCGAGGUGUUGUUGGUUGCUCACCAGUACUUGCUCAAGAUCUCUCAGGUCGAGGAGCGCGAGAUCUUCAAGAUUUGCUUGGAGUACUGGGCCAAGUUGGUGGCAGAGCUUUACGAGGAGAUCCAGCAGCUCCCCGUCAUGGAGUUGCCUUUGUUGAACCUCGGCGCCGGUGGAAUGAUGCAGUCUGCUUCUGGAAACGUCUCUCUCCGUAAGAGCUUCUAUACCGAGAUUCUCGCCCGUCUCCGUGUUGUUAUGAUCGAGCGUAUGGUCAAGCCCGAAGAGGUCUUGAUUGUGGAGAACGAUGAGGGAGAGAUUGUUCGCGAGGUCAUGAAGGAGAGUGACACCAUCACCUUGUACAAGAGCAUGCGCGAGGUCCUCGUCUACUUGACCCAUCUGGACUGCCAGAACACCGAGCAGAUUAUGUCGGACAAGUUGACCAAGCAGGUCGACGGAUCGGAAUGGUCCUGGGGAAACCUCAACCAGCUCUGCUGGGCCAUCGGUUCCAUCUCUGGUGCCAUGAACGAGGAUGCAGAAAAGAGAUUCUUGGUGACCGUUAUCAAGGAGCUUUUGGGACUUUGCGAGAUGAAGCGCGGCAAGGACAACAAGGCCGUCGUCGCCUCCAACAUCAUGUACAUUGUCGGACAGUACCCUCGCUUCUUGAAGGCUCAUUGGAAGUUCUUGAAGACUGUGGUGAACAAGCUCUUCGAAUUCAUGCACGAGACUCAUGAUGGAGUUCAAGAUAUGGCUUGCGAUACUUUCAUCAAGAUUUCGCAAAAGUGCAGACGCCACUUUGUCUUGCAGCAGUCGCAGGAGGUCAUGCCAUUCAUCGACGAGAUCCUCAACACCCUCGACAAGAUCACCAGCGACCUCUCACCCGCCCAAAUCCACACCUUCUACGAGGCCAUCGGUUACAUGAUUUCGGCCCAGCCCAACCGUGCCGCCCAGGAGCGUCUGAUCGCCAAGGCCAUGCAGGCUCCCAACCAGUACUGGGACACCAUCAUGCAACAGGCUAAUCAGAGCUUGGAGAACCUCGAUAGCCCAGAUAACCUGAAGGUCUUGGCCAGCGUCUUGAAGACCAACGUUGCUGCUUGCGGAUCGAUCGGACCUGGUUUCUUCUCCCAGCUUGGUCGCAUCUAUCUCGACCUCUUGGGUGUCUAUAAGGCCGUCAGUCAGUUGAUCUCUGAGAGUGUCGUGAAGCAGGGCCCCGUUGCUCUCCGUACCCCCCGUGUCCGUCAGAUGCGCACUGUCAAGAAGGAGGUCUUGCGUUUGAUUGAGACCUACGUCAACAAGGCCGAUGAUCUGACCGAGGUCACCCAGAAAGUCAUUCCUGGUGUUCUCGAGGCCGUCUUGGGCGACUACCAGCGCAACGUCGAGCCUGCCCGUGACGCAGAGGUCCUUAGUGUCAUGAGCACCAUUGUCACCAAGCUUGGGUCGCUGUUGAACGACCGUAUCCCCAUUAUUCUGGAAUCAGUGUUCGAUGUCACCUUGAACAUGAUCAACAAGGACUUUUCAGAGUACCCUGAUCACCGUGUUGGAUUCUUCAAGCUUGUCCGCGCCAUCUCCCAGAGCUGCUUCCCAGCGCUGAUGAAGCUCCCCCCCGCACAGCUCAAGUUAAUUAUGGACAGUGUUGUUUGGGCGUUCAAGCACACGAUGCGUGAUAUUGCCGAUACUGGAUUGAGCAUCUGCUUGGAUAUGAUCAACAACUUUACCGCCAGCGACCCCGCCAUUGCCCAGGCCUUCUACCAGGCCUACUUCUUGAACCUCUUGAACGAUGUCUUCUAUGUCUUGACCGACAACAACCACAAGAGCGGCUUCAAGCUUCAGAGUCAGGUUCUUGCCCGUAUGUUCUACUUGGUUGAGACCGGAGCUGUCCAGGCACCACUGUUCACACCCGCGCAGGCACAGGAGAUGAACGAUCCCAACCUGACCAACGCCUCGUUCCUGAGGAACUACAUGGUCAACCUCCUCCAAAACGCCUUCCCCCACGUGCAACCAACACAAGUGCGGUCAUUCACGAUGGCGCUCUUCGAGACUAACCGAGAUCCCAACAAGUUCAAGCUUCAUUUGCGUGAUUUCUUGAUCCAGCUGACCGAGUUUGGUUCUACGGAGACUGAACAGAACGAGUUGUACUUGGAUGAGCGUGAGGCAGAAGUUGAGGCCAAGCGCAAGAGCGACCGGGAGGCGGCCCUCAGGAUCCCCGGUCUUGUCAAGCCCUCGGAUUUGCCCACCAUGGACGAGGACGAUUAA